GAAUUAGUCGGCUCCUCAGAGGGCAAACACCCAUUAUCAAGCUCUCACAGCCACCUGCUCUCCAGCAAUGCCUCCAGACUUUGACACCAACAUGAGGUUCAAGUUCUCGAUCCUGGCGCUUUUUCUGGAAGUUAUUGUCAUUGUUUUGUAUGGGAUAUUCGUGGAUUAUGACACAAAUUCUUCUGCUGCAGGAUUAUACCCACACUUUCAGGAUGUCCAUGUGAUGAUAUUUGUUGGAUUUGGUUUCCUGAUGACCUUUCUGAAGAAAUAUGGAUUCAGCAGUGUUGGUUUCAACAUGCUCAUCGCUGCCUUCGGUCUCCAGUGGGGAAUUCUGAUGCAAGGAUUUUGGCACAUGAAAGGAGGGAAAAUUCCUAUUAACAUCGAAAGCAUGAUAAAUGCUGACUUCAGCACAGCAACUGCUUUGAUUUCAUUUGGAGCACUCCUGGGGAAAACAAGUCCCAUUCAGAUGCUGAUCCUGACUCUUCUGGAGAUCACCAUCUUUGCAUGCAAUGAACAUCUAGUAACCAAAGUAUUACAGGCCACAGAUGUUGGAGCUUCGAUGACUAUCCAUGCUUUUGGAGCUUAUUUUGGUUUGGCUGCAGCUUUCGUCUUGUACCGUCCUGGUCUGUCAAAAAAACAUGAAAAUGAUGAAUCCACCUAUCACUCAGACAUGUUUGCCAUGAUUGGUACCCUGUUCCUUUGGCUUUUUUGGCCCAGUUUUAACUCUGCCAUUGCAAAUGGUUCAAAAGCCCAGGGAACAGCCAUUAUCAACACUUAUUGCUCCUUGGCUGCCUGUACCGUCGUAACAUUCGCCCUCUCCAGCCUGGUGGAUAAAAGAGGCAAAUUCAGUAUGGUUCUCAUUCAAAAUGCCACCCUGGCAGGAGGAGUAGCCGUGGGUACCUGUGCUGACCUGGCAAUCCACCCUUUUUCUGCCAUGUUCAUUGGGGUCAUUGCUGGAAUUGUCUCUGUCCUUGGAUUCCAGUUCCUGACUCCUGUGAUGGCAUCCAAGCUGAAAAUUCAAGACACUUGUGGAGUUCAUAACUUACAUGGUUUACCUGGAAUUCUGGGAGGUAUUGCUGGCAUCAUAGUAACUGCAAUAAAAACAGAGGAGAGGAAUGGUCACCCACUUACUCCUGCCAUGCAGGCUGCUGCCCUGGGAAGUACAUUUGGAAUUGCACUGGUGGGAGGAGCACUCACAGGUGCUAUUCUAAAGCUGCCCUUCUUGGGACAAGUAUCUGACCAGAACUGCUUUGAUGACUCUGCUUAUUGGGAGGUUCCAGAGGAGGAGACAGUACCCGAAAUUCACUCCAGCCACCGUGAUGAGCGCAGCAGAUUUGAAGCUGCCAUGUAGAAAAAUAAUUAAUCUGCAAUAUUUGUCCUAAUGAUGCUCUUUUCUAUUUCUAGUGCUAAGAAACAACAUCCAAGUAUUAUCCCAACCACACCAGGUUUUUAAGAAAAGGCUGAAGAUAGCUAUAUUUUUGUAAAAGAAAACAAGCUUGAUUUUAGAUUACUUAGUCAUUAUGCCAAGCUCAGGUGAAUAAAUUAAGUCCUUCUAAUAUAUUUGUUCAUCA